GACUGGAUAUUCCAGCCCCGGGCGCCGUAAUUAUUCGUUGAAUGAUUUACAGCUGAUCUCUUCUUUUUUUCUACAAAAUAUCCGACACGGUGUUAGCCAAGAGUGGGAUGAGCAAGCACCGUAGACCUUUUGAGACUAAAGAUAAAACCCUUAGGUUCCCUGCACUUUUGUCCGUUCUUUUUGAAAGGCUUGUAAGCUAUUCUGUCAAAUUCUUUUGACAAGUAAGUCUCAUAGAGUAAGCGAUUGUCUAGUAUAUCAUUACAUCAUGAGACUUAGUAAUAUCGGUCUGCUGGUUACUACGCUGAUUUCUAACAUUGGAAUCUCGAAUGCAGACACCGAUAACGAAUUAGAAAAACGUAAUAGUUGUUCUACACAGGUUUCAUCAUGUUCUCUUACACCAUAUAAUCAUGGUUACCCCGCAGCUUCCGUUUCUUGGGGAAACACUGUCACUGAUCUAGGAAAUGGUAUUUAUGAGGGUACAAUGAACUUUCAAGGUAAAGACUGUUCUCAGUUUGAUAACACCAAUGAAAUCAAGAUUGAUGGUGGUGCUGCGACAGUGGUUGUCUACUCUUACAACGGUUACUCAUGCAGUUCUGCCAACCCAUACUACUCUCAAUGUGUGCAGGGAACAUCAUCACCGACGACGACCCCAUCUGGCUCAUCUUCGACCACUCCAUCCACCACUCCAUCUGGAUCAUCAUCCACCACUAAGCCAUCGACUGCUCCAUCUGAUCAUCAUCCACCACUAAGCCAUCGACUACUUCAUCUGGAUCAUCAUCCACCACUAAGUCAUCGACUACUCCAUCUGGCUCAUCGUCUACCACAUGCUCUGCCACGCAAGUGACCACAUGUGCUUUGACUCCAUAUGACCAUGGUUACCCAUCGGCAUCUGUGUCUUUCGGGCCAACUGUUAAGGACUUGGGUAAUGGUGUCUACGAAGGUACUAUGAUUUUCCAAGGUG